AUGAGGCGAUCCAUGAGUUCACGCCGUGACAUCCUGGAACUUCGAUUUAAGUCUGGACAUGUCAGUCGGUCCACAGCCAGCAGGCGGUCAAUCCAAGUCAGCCGCUCGACAUCUCAACGCUCCAGCUCUCGUCUCAUCAGCAAACUCAGGCACUCGUCUGGAAUCAAGUCUAGACGCAGCAGUCUCAGCUCAUCCAUCCUCCGCUCAUCCACUCAGCGUUACUUGGUGGGCAAAGCUGGAACUCCAUUACUGGUCGUGCUUCUCCGGGUCAGACGUACAGAUGGAACACAACAAGGUUAUCAGCUGACGGGAUACGGCAAGAUUUCAUCACGGAUUCCCAGGAUGCACGUACGCCUGGUGGACCUGGAGCCCAAGAACAACUGGAAGAUCUGUGCUGAUGCAUUACUACCCCGAUCCCACAAACUCUUGACGUUGGCAAGAUGGGGUGAAAACUGUGAGAAAUACCGCGUUGCAGUUACAGCCUCCACUGGUCAACUUGCAAGUCACCCAGCUACAAAGGUCAAGAUGCAGUGGUCUAGAAUCAACGAGAACUUGAAAUAUGGUGGCAGAAUGGUUGGCGACUACCUCCCAGGACUGGCCUAUUCACUGGGAUUAUCACAGAGCUACAAACGUAAUCGUGACCGUCAGAUUACUGUGCUGGUCGCACUAACCUCCCCACAAACCAUCGACACAAUAAUCCGCUUGCCCAAGAUGACAGCGUUCUAUCAGGGUCUCCGUAUCCCCACAUCCCUGCCAGUCCAUGCUGUCACCAAACGGAUGCAGGAGGCCGGAUUCCACAGCAUCGCCGAACUCUCAGAGACCUUCCUCACAAUGAACCAACGACAAUGCGUUGCUGAAAACGAUACAGUUUGGACAUAUGACGGGAACAGACUCAACCACAGUCUUUCCAACGAUUGCUACUAUGUCCUGACCCAAGACUGCUCCGAUAGUCCCAAGUUUAUGCUGUUGAUGAAGCGUGCACAAACCGAUAAGACGAAGAAGUCCAUCAAACUGAUUGUGUCCGUGAAAAACUUGACCAUUGAGGUAGUUCCUUCUUCAGACCGAAUGAUAUUAUUGGUGAAUGGAAACAAACCGUCUGCAGGGCAACCGAUUCUACCAGCUGGUGUAGAAGUUGUACAAAACGUAACUGGAAUAACUCUGAGGAUCCCGUGUGUGAACAUCGAGAAGUUGUACUUUGAUGGAGAACGUGUCCAGAUUGUCGUGGACCAGAUGAUGAGCAAGACGUGUGGAAUCUGUGGCCUUAACAACGGUGAGAAGAAAAUGAUGAUGCCCAGCCGGGAGGUGGCCGAGGACCAGGACCGUCUCUUUGAGUCCUGGUUGUGUUCGGGAACGUCGUGCAAGGACGAUUGCAAAGUAAGGCGGGACUUUGUGGAACUAGGAACUGUGGUGGAGUUUGAAGGACAGGCAUCCAGAUGCUAUUCUGUAGAACCAGUACAACGGUGCCUGGCAGAAUGUACACCCAUGGAAACACGAUCUCGCCGUGUCCGCUUCCACUGUUUGGCAGCCAAUUACACAGUGACUGACAUGAGUCUCUUUAACAAGAAGUCAGUGGACAUCAGUCGAUCUGUCGACUCCCACACUGACUGCAUGUGUCGCUGUUCCCAAUGAUCAAGAUCAACGGCAACCUUCACACCUGCUGCAUCAGCAACCUUGGAAUAUUACAAUCAUUUGCAAAUUCUCACCAUGUAAAAAAGUAAAUUCAACAUCUUGAAUUGUUCUUUCAAAAACACUAAUAAAGAUUUUUACAGCAUCCAAAAAACAGUUUGUGAAUCGUUUG